GUUACCUAACCAAACUCCUGCGAAACCAUACUGUGUAUGCCUGCGAUGGUGAUCAUUUGAGUCUCCGGUGUCCUCGGCAUUCAACAAUAAGUGUCCAAUCUGCAUAUUAUGGGCAAGCUUACCACUUGUGUAGUGCACAGCAACCUGAAGUCAUGGUGAAAGAGCCACUAAACUGUGUGGCAUCUACUACCUUGCAGAAAGUCCUCGAUGAAUGCCAGGACCUGAGAGACUGCCAACUCCUUGUUAACAGUCGACUUUUUGGAUCUGAGUUAUGUCCAGGAGUCACUAAAUAUCUCCUAGUCUCCUUUAAGUGUCGACCUAGUGAAUAUAAAACUAGAUCAGUGUGUGAAAAUGAAGAAUUGAAACUACACUGCCAUGAAUCUAAAUUUCUUAACAUCUAUUCAGCCUCUUAUGGCAGGUCUGCCCACGAGAUGGACUUCUGUUCAACAAAAAUGGAUUACCUUCCCCAAUAUGAUUGUUUUUCCUAUUCAGCUUUAGAAGUCUUGUCAAAGAAGUGCUACGGAAAGCAAAGGUGUAAAAUUAUUGCUAACAGUCAUAACUUUGGAAGACCAUGCAUGCGUGGGGUGAAAAAAUAUCUCAAUGUCAGCUAUGCAUGUGUCCCAAGAUUCAUACUGGCAGCAGUUAAUCCAAUGGUUACCAUACUCCCUCCCUCUUGGAAGCCAAAAGAAGAUGAAUAUGAUAUAAAUUUUGAUCCAAAAGAAUCAAGAAUUCCAAAGAAGGAAGGAAUUAUAAUUAGCAGCAGUUUGGCUACAUUUGCAUACAUUAGAGGUAGACCAUUUUACUUUAUAUCCUUGUGUUCUGAUAAGAAAUCCUGUUAA